AUGGAUUUCCACCAUCCCUAUACGCCAUACGAUAUUCAACUACAAUUUAUGCAGGCCUUGUAUGCCUGCCUAGAAGAUAGCAAGAUCGCUGUAUUUGAAUCCCCCACUGGUACUGGAAAAUCUCUAAGCUUAAUCUGUGGUUCUUUGACCUGGCUUCGAGAUCACAAGCGAAAGGCUUUCCAAGAAACCGUUGAUGCAACAUGCGAUGACGAUGAGCCCGAGUGGAUGAUAGAACAUGCCAAACGGGAAUCUAGGCGUGCUAUUACCGAAAAGAGACAAGAAUUCGAGGCCCGACUGGCCAAAAUUCGACAAGAGGAAGAGCGUUUGAAACAGGCCCAGGACAGUGCAGACCGACCCCGUAAAAAGCAGCGACUUGACGACUCAGCACCGGAACUUGUCGACGACGACGAUCAAUUUGUUCUCGAUGACUAUGAUAGCGACACAGACAAUCAGAAAAAGCAGAAUGACUCAGGGAAUUCCGACGGCCUGUCUGCAAGCACUUUAGCCUUGCUAGAACGGUUUCAAGGGAAGUUCUCAACAAAGAAAGAUAAAGAGGAUGACGAAGACGAUGAGAUCAAGAUCUUCUUUUGCUCAAGAACACAUUCACAGCUAAGCCAGUUUGCCGGUGAAUUGCGACGAGUCAGCUUCCCAUCUAGUAUACCUAGCGACCUCGAUCCAGAGAGCAAAGAUGACAUCUCCAAGCUCGAAGAGCGUGUGAAACACCUGUCGCUAGGAUCCAGAAAGAACCUGUGUAUCAACCCCAAAGUCCGGGCCUUGGAGAACAACACCGCAAUUAACGAAAAGUGUUUGGAUUUACAGCAAGCGGGUGUAGCAGCCGACAAAAAGUGCUCCUUUAUUCCCUCCAAAGACGACGAGGCUCUGGCUCUUAAGUUCAGAGACCAUGCCUUGGCGACAGUUAAGGACAUCGAAGACAUUGCCCAGGUUGGGAAAAAGCUCGGAAUAUGUCCCUACUAUGCAUCUCGUCCAGUUAUCAAACACAGCGAGAUCGUUACACUUCCAUAUCCCUUGCUGCUGCAAAGAUCAGCCCGUGAGGCCCUCAACCUCUCCGUCAAAGGUCAUAUUGUCAUCAUCGAUGAAGCCCACAACCUCAUGGAUGCAAUAGCUGGCAUCCAUUCGGUGACUGUCUCACUAAGUCAACUGCAGACUGCCAUCGGGCAGCUGACAACAUAUGCCCGCAAGUUCAAGAACAGACUAAAAGGGAAGAAUCGGAACUAUGUUGCGCAAGUCAUCCGGUUGGUGAGCUCCAUUGCGGAGCAUAUGAAGUCAAUCUCUCAGCAAAAGGGACCACUGGAAGGCUCGGUGCAAACGUCAGAUCUCAUGGCUGGAAAGGGAGUUGACCAGAUCAACCCUUAUAAGCUCGCUAGAUAUCUACAAGAGAGCAAGCUCGCCCGGAAAGUUGACGGCUAUCUUGAAUCCUCGCAACAGCCACAACCUGGUCGGCCCAAGGAUAAGACAACAAUGCCAGUUUUGUUUCAUAUUCAAAGCUUUCUUCUUCCUCUUAUGAACCCUUCGGAAGAGGGGCGGCUCUUCUUUCAGAAAAUUCAAGACGCUGUUUUGUUGAAAUACAUGCUUCUUGACCCUACGAACCACUUUCGGGAAAUUGCCGAAGAUGCUAGGGCUGUUAUCCUAGCUGGCGGUACUAUGUCUCCUAUGUCAGAUUAUGUGAAUCAUUUGUUUUCGUAUCUGCCCCCGGAACGACUAGGGACAUUCAGCUAUGGCCACGUCAUUCCAAAAUCCAACUUGGUGGCGCAGUCCUUGACUCAAGGGCUGAUGGGAAACGAAUUUGAUUUUACAUAUGAGGCGCGAAAUUCCGAAAAAAUGAUCACCGACCUUGGGCGUACGAUAGCAACCCUCUGUCAAGUUAUCCCAGACGGUGUCGUCGCGUUCUUCCCCAGUUAUGACUAUCUCAGUCAUGUUCUGAGUGUCUGGAAGAAGCCCAUUCUCAACGGGAACGGCCAAAGCACUCUCAAUCUACUGGAACGGAAGAAGAAGAUACUCUACGAAUCUCGUGAAGCGGUGAUAGCUACAGACGAUUUGCUGCGGGAGUAUACCGAGGCCAUUGAAUCAGGAUCAGGAGCCUUGCUUCUGUCUAUCGUGGGCGGCAAGUUGUCGGAAGGCAUUAAUUUCUCCGACAGGUUAGGGCGCGGCGUCUUUAUCAUCGGCCUGCCAUUUCCCAAUAUCCGCAGCGCUGUCUGGCAGGCCAAGAUCCAGUAUCUCGAGGAGAAGACCUACAAACAGGCUUCUGGGUCCGAACCGGAAAGGAAAGCAGCAGGCAAGGCAGCGGGCAGGGACUUUUACGAGAAUACGUGCAUGCGAGCAGUGAACCAGUGCAUUGGUCGAGCCAUCAGGCAUGUGAACGACUACGCCGCUAUCAUCAUGAUCGACCGCCGGUAUGAGUCGCCGCGGAUCCAGCAAAAAUUACCUGGUUGGAUUAGAGGGAGCUUGGUCCCAGCACCUCCCACGCGGGCGGCUCAGAUGACCGUGCAAAGACUUUCAAAAUUCUUCGCCGAAAAAAGGCGAUAG